AGCUCAGUUAACAUCUGUAGAUCAAAUGAGAAGGGGAAAUAUAGAAAGUUUGGCUGCAAUUUAGCAGACCAGGAUGCUUGCACAUACACUCUCUCAAAACAGUGAUCUUAAGUUUCAGGUUAUUUAAAACUGUUUGGCUAAAUACUUGCAAUGUGUCAAGGUAGCUCUUAAUGAUAUAAUCGUUACUAUGCAUGAGUUAAUAUAUGCACUGAUGUGCUGUGAUGAAAUUAGAGAUGAAAAAACUCACUCAAAAGUAUGUAUUUCUUAGAAAUAUGUACAACUAUAUAUACAUGAAGAUUGAAUCAACUUAAGGAAAGAAUAUCUCUUAAUUAAAAUCUCUAAAAAUCAGUUGUAAUCUCUAAAGAUACUAAUUAAUGCUAUCAAAUAAUCAAAAAUUUCUCAACACUACCCCUCAAGUUGGUGCAUAUAUGUCUUGCAUGCCCAACUUGCAAAGAAGAUUAUGAUAAGUCUUACGGUUGAGCCCUUUAGUAAAAACAUCUGCCAACUGUUUUUCAGAUGCUAGAUAAGUUGGUGGUUCUUUGAUUUUCUUCAACCUGUCCAGUGGGGUGAGGAGUUUGCUACUGUAUGAGAACAACUAGGGUCUUUUGAUUUGUUUAUUCUGGAUACAAACUGCAACUAAUGAUUCUGCAUGUUAUGUAUUAUUUUGAGACUCUUAAACCAUGCGAAGCUCUUAUUCUUAUUUGAAAUAUUCUAAUUUUCUUCAUUUCAUUAAAUGUUCUUGACUUGAUGAUUAAUAGGUUUUCCGUGGACCUGACCGUUGGGCCAAUGAAUUUGGUGCCGAAAGAUUGCAACAAGAGUCGGUUGAUGAUCAAUGGGUCAAUAUAUUCUCAAAGUUGCAUGUUGAUGACUGGGCAGAAGAAUUUGGUCGUCAAGUUGGUGAGGGGGCUUUGGGGGAUAGUUCGUAUGAUAACUGGGCAAAUUCAUAUGAUGAGUAAGUUUGGUAGCCUUGAAGAAGUUCACUUCAUAACCUCUUUUAAUUCUACAUGAAUGUUUUGGUUGUGAAAACUUGUAGGUUCCUUAAUGAGCAAUUAGCUGCUAAGCAGCGGUUGGACGCUUCAAGGGGUGUCUAUGUAUUUUCUGGUAUGAAUCCAUAUGUUGAUCAUCAAAAUCCUUUAAAAGAAGGUCAAGAGCCAUUCAGGAAAGGGCUUUUGAGUGAAGCAGUGCUUGCCCUAGAGGCUGAAGUUAUGAAAAAUCCUGAGAAUGCUGAAGGUUGGAGAUUGCUAGGAAUAACCCAUGCUGAAAAUGAUGAUGACCAACAGGCUAUUGCAGCAAUGAUGCGUGCUCAGGAGGCCUAUCCUACCAACCUGGAAGAAUGUUAUGAGCCUUGGUAUAGGAUCUAGUCACAGGUCUAGACGUGAGAGAAUUCUUGCUCUGACUUAUAGUUAAUCAAAGAAGCAGAUUUGUCCUUGACUGAACCCCCUUCAAGAAUAACAUUGUAAUAAAAUAAUUGUUUGUUCCUUCUUUAUUCAA